AGCUCUGUAUAUGUAUAAAGAUUAAGGUGACAUUUCUUCUCAAUUGGACAACAAUGGGAUCUGAAGAGUCACCUCCUUCUUCCCUCCACCACUUCACCGUCAAAACCUCAAUCGCCAUAAUCAACCGUGUCCACGCCUUUGUUCAUCUCAUCGCUAUCAUCUCAUUCAUUUACUACAGAAUCUCUUCUUUCUCUCUUCUCAAUUACCCUAUUUUCCUCUGGAUAUUAAUCUUGGCCUCCGAAUUACUUCUCUCCUUCCUCUGGCUCCUCUGUCAAGCCUUCGGUUGGCGGCCAGUUUAUCGCUCGGUUUUCCCAGAGAGGCUUCCUCCCGACGUCGAUCUUCCACCAAUCGAUGUAUUUAUUUGCACAGCCGACCCGGAAAAGGAACCGGCGGUUGGGGUUAUGAGCACUGUUUUGUCGGUCAUGGCAAUAGAUUACCCACCGGAGAAACUCUCGGUGUACCUGUCGGACGAUGCCGGAUCUCAAUUAACAUUGAACGCCGUCAGAGAAGCUUGGGAUUUCGCAAAGUCAUGGGUUCCGUUUUGCCGGAGACAUGGACUGAAAGUCACAUCGCCGGAAGCUUACUUCUCCGGCUGCGGCAGCGAUCGUGAUGAAGGAGAAGGGAGAUUCUUAGAAGAGGAGGGAGAGAUUGAGAGGAAAUACAGGUUGUUUGAGGAGCGGCUCAUGAAGAAUAGAUCAUCAGAAAAUGAAGUACCAAAAGAGGCUAAUCAUGAUUCACAAAACCACCCUUCUCUUAUUCAGGUAAUAGGAAGAAACGAGGAAUCUCCAAAUUUGCCCCGUCUCGUUUAUGUUUGUCGAGAAAAGAAUUCAUUGUACUUCCAUAAUUUCAAAGCAGGCGCCCUCAACGUUCUACUACGAGUAUCGGCCAUUGUUAGUAACGCUCCGUACAUAUUGGUUUUGGACUGCGACAUGUACUCUAACGAUCAUUCAUCAGCCCGUCAAGCUAUGUGCUUCCAUCUCGAUCCACUCAUAUCUCAGUCAUUAGCUUUUGUUCAGUUCCCUCAAAAGUUCCACAAUGUUAGCGACAAAGAUAUAUAUGAUUCCGCGAUGAGGUCACUUUUUGCGGUUAAAUGGAUGGGUAUGGAUGGUCUCCAGGGUCCAAUUGUUUCUGGGACUUGUUUGUACAUUAAGAGAAUGGCAUUGUAUGGAAUCCACAUUCCUAAAGGUACAAAUAAAAUACAUUAUAGUUUAUAUUUCAUUAUACAUAAGUAAUUAAUUAUGAUUUCU